GAUCGAGCUUCAACAAUGUCGAAGAGAGGUCGCGGUGGUUCCGCGGGGAACAAAUUCAGGAUGUCACUGGGUCUACCAGUGGCGGCGACAGUGAACUGCGCCGAUAACACCGGAGCUAAGAACCUUUACAUCAUUUCGGUGAAAGGUAUCAAGGGAAGGCUUAACCGUUUGCCGUCUGCUUGCGUUGGUGACAUGGUGAUGGCUACCGUCAAGAAGGGAAAACCCGAUCUCCGUAAGAAGGUGUUGCCCGCCGUCAUCGUCCGUCAGCGCAAACCAUGGCGCCGAAAGGACGGAGUGUUCAUGUACUUUGAAGAUAAUGCUGGUGUCAUUGUGAAUCCUAAAGGAGAAAUGAAAGGUUCUGCUAUCACUGGUCCAAUUGGAAAGGAGUGUGCUGAUUUGUGGCCUAGGAUUGCAAGUGCUGCUAAUGCUAUCGUUUAAGUUGGUUUUUUAGUAUUUAUAAGGAUUUUGUUUCUGGUAUUUUAUGCUGCCCUUGGUAUUGUUUUAUGUUAAAUCUUUAUUGAAAGUGACAGAGGAUAGCUUAAAAGUUCGUAAUUUCUCUGUACUGAGAAGUGUUUUGAAGAUAUUAAUUCUAAAUUAUAAGAUUGUUCCUUUUUAUUA